AUGGAGCGCAGGGUCUCCGAGACCCCUGAGGAUGGGGACCCAGAGGAGGACACAGCCACAGCCCUCCAACGGCUGGUGGAGCUGACAGCCAGCAGGGUGACCCCAGUGAGGAGCCUUCGGGACCGGUACCACCUCAUCCGGAAGCUGGGCUCUGGCUCCUACGGCCGCGUGCUCCUCGCCCAGCCUCACCAGGGGGGUCCAGCUGUGGCUCUGAAGCUUCUGCGUCGGGAUUUGGUCCUGAGAAGCACCUUCCUGAGGGAGUUCUGUGUGGGCCGCUGCGUCUCUGCACACCCAGGCCUGCUGCAGACCCUGGCAGGACCCCUACAGACCCCCCGCUAUUUUGCCUUUGCCCAGGAGUACGCGCCCUGUGGGGACCUCAGCGGGAUGCUGCAGGAAAGGGGCCUCCCAGAACUGCUGGUGAAGCGGGUGGUGGCCCAGCUGGCAGGAGCUCUGGACUUCCUCCACAGCCGGGGGCUGGUCCAUGCAGAUGUCAAGCCGGACAACGUGCUGGUCUUCGACCCGGUCUGCAGCCGUGUGGCCCUGGGAGACCUGGGUCUGACCCGGCCAGAGGGCAGCCCGACCCCUGCCCCACCAGUGCCUCUGCCCACGGCACCACCUGAGCUCUGCCUCCUGCUACCGCCCGACACCCUACCUCUGCGGCCAGCCGUGGACUCCUGGGGCCUGGGGGUGCUUCUCUUCUGUGCUGCCACUGCCUGUUUCCCUUGGGAUGUGGCACUGGCCCCCAACCCUGAGUUCGAGGCCUUUGCUAGCUGGGUAACCACCAAGCCUCAGCCACCUCGGCCACCACCACCCUGGGACCAGUUUGCGCCCCCAGCCCUGGCCUUGCUCCAGGGGCUUCUGGACCUGGAUCCCGAGACUAGGAGCCCCCCACUGGCUGUCCUGGACUUCCUGGGGGACGACUGGGGGUUGCAGGGGAACAGAGAGGGACCUGGGGUUUUGGGGAGCGUGUCCUAUGAGGACGGGGAGGAGGGAGGCUCAAGCCUGGAAGAGUGGACAGAUGAGGGCGAUGACGGCAAAAGUGGUGGGAGGACGGGGACAGAUGGGGGAGCUCCCUGACCAGGUGACGGAGACAGGUGGCCAGAGCCUGGGCCAGAGGCCCUUCCCCCAGCCCCCAGGGCCACCUGGAUGGAGAGACAGCUGCACCCGGGAGGACAGAGAGGGAACACAUUACACUCUCCCUACGGAACGCUGGGCUUGGACGCACAUUCCUCUUCCAACUGAGGACCCAAGAGCCCAGCUCCUGCCC